UCCAGGAAACGCUCCGGCUACUGCUUGUCAUGGUUAUAUAGCUUUACAUUAAUGUCCGUAUAAGAUUUGUCAAUGGGGAAAACCUUUACGUUGUAUGCAGUAUUCCUUGUGUUAGCGGAAACUAAAGAGUUAGGUUACGUGACAGUCCAUAAAUUGGAUUAGCGCUAAGUAAAGCCAUCGGUGAAUGAUAGUUUAGCACACUGGCUAGCUCGCUAACUUGACGGAUGGUAAUGUAGACAGUUUCGCGUGUGUUCGUCCUUCACCAUUUGAGGGUGUGUGUGCUAACAUUAUAUACAUUACAAGGUUAACGUAUUUAACCUAGUAGCUACCACCUCGCGUAGAAGUCACUAGGUUAACAACAUGGAUAGCUACAGUCAGCGGCUUGACUCUACAACCGGACGAGACAGCAAAAGAGAAAAGAAGAAGGGCUCUUCACACCACAGCACUUCAUGCUACGAUGAAGGAGAGCGCAAACCCAAGUUUCACUUACCCUUUAGAAACAUCACAGAUGAUGUGCUGGACAGAUUCGCCAGUAUUCGGAUUCCGGGUAGUAAAAAGGAGCGGCCACCCUUAUCACAUUCUAAACACAAUACUAAUGAUUGGUCCAUUUCUUCAUCAUCCACCUCACAUCAGUUUGAGGAGCUUUCAUCAAAGAUCACCUCGGAAAAAGAGAUCUUGGCUCUGUUUGAAAAGAUGAUGGAGGACAUGAACUUGAGUGAGGAAAAAAAGACUCCUUUGAGAGACAAGGACCUCAACACAAAGAGAGAAAUGGUCAUCCAGUAUAUAUUUACAGCCUCUAAAACUGGGAGCUUGAGAAGCAGCCAUCAGAUAUCCCCCCAGGAAUUCCUGGGAGAGCUGAAGUCGGGGGUGAUGGACGAACGUCUGUUUGCCUGUCUAGACUCAUUGCGAGUGUCCCUUACCAGCAACCCUGUCAGUUGGGUGCAGAGCUUUGGGCAUGAGGGUCUUGGACUGCUGCUGGACAUUUUGGAAAGGUUGCUGUUCAAGAAGCAAGAGAAAAUUGACAAAAGGAACCAACAUAAAGUUGUCCAGUGUCUCAAAGCCUUCAUGAACAAUAAGUACGGCUUGGAUCGAAUCCUGGGGGAGGAGAAAAGUCUUGCGCUGCUGGCAAGAGCCAUUGAUCCCACCCAGUCUGCCAUGAUGACUGACGUGGUAAAGCUGCUGUCAGCCAUCUGCAUUGUGGGCGAAGAGAACACUUUGGAAAAGGUCCUUGAAGCUAUCACCACAGCAGGGGAAUGGCGAGCCAUUGAGAGGUUCAGUCCCAUUGUGCAGGGACUACAAGAUCGCUCAGUUCAGUUACAAGUGGCAUGCAUGCAGCUCAUCAAUGCACUAGUAACAUCUCCUGAUGAGCUGGACUUCAGGCUGCACAUCAGAAAUGAAUUUAUGCGCUGUGGCCUGAAAGAGAUAUUGCCGCAACUGGCAACCAUCAGGAAUGAUGCCCUUGACAUUCAGCUGAAGGUAUUUGAGGAGCACAAAGAAGAGGACAUGAUAGAGUUCUCUCACAGGCUGGAAGACAUCAAGAGCGAGCUGGAUGAUGCGGGGGAUGUAUUCAGUAUUGUGCAGAGCAUGGUGAAGGACAGCAAUGCAGAGCCCUAUUUCCUCUCUAUACUGCAGCACCUGAUGCUCAUACGCAAUGACUACUUGAUCAGGCCCCAGUACUUUAAGAUCAUUGAAGAGUGUGUGUCUCAAAUUGUGCUCCACCGAAGUGGCACUGACCCCGACUUCAGUUACCGCAAGCGCCUGGAUGUGGACUUCAGCCACCUCUUAGAGGUGUGUGUAGAUAAAGCUCGAACUGAUGAGUAUGAACAAAGAGCUUCAGAACUGGCACAGAAGUUUGAUGAGGAGUUUCUAAGCAGACAGGAGGCACAAACUCAGCUGGUUAAGUGUGAAGAAAAAAUAGCUGACCUCCAAGCAGAGCUGCAGGCCUUCAGGUCCCAGAGGCAGUGGCAGAUGCCUCCUCCAUUUGGUGCCCCCCCUCCACCUCCUCUAGGGUUUGGUGGUGCUCUAGGUUCGCCCACUCACCAUGCACUGCCUUAUGGCCUCAGGCCUAAGAAGGACUUCAAGCCAGAGACCUCCAUGAAGCGCCUCAACUGGUCUAAGAUUCGUCCCCAAGAAAUGUCAGAGAGCUGUUUCUGGGUGCGGGCUGAUGAGGACCAAUAUGCAAAACCAGAACUACUCAGCAGAGUAGCUCUCACUUUUUGUUCGCAAAGAACAGCCAAAAAAGAAGAGGAGGAUCUAGAGGAUAAGAAAUCCAUAAAGAAGAGAAUUAAGGAGCUCAAAGUGCUCGAUCCUAAGAUUGCACAGAAUCUAUCCAUCUUCCUGGGUUCCUUCCGUAUGCCUUAUCAGGAAAUUCGUCGGAUGAUAGUGGAGGUGGACGAGGAGCAACUCACUGAACCUAUGAUUCAGAACCUUGUGAAGCACCUUCCAGAGCAGGAGCAGCUGAAUGCCUUGGCCAAGUAUAAAAAUGAGUACGCAAAUUUGUCAGAGCCUGAACAGUUUGGGGUUGUGAUGAGCAGCCUGAAGCGUCUGCGUCCUCGCCUCAGCCACAUCCUCUUCCGGCUACAGUUUGAGGAGCAGAUAAACAACCUGCGUCCAGAUAUCUUGGCUGUAAACGCCGCAUGUGAUGAGGUCAGGAAGAGUCGCUCCUUUGGCCGCUUGCUGGAGCUGGUGUUGCUACUGGGGAAUUACAUGAAUGCAGGCUCUCGAAAUGCCCAGACGUAUGGUUUUGACCUCAGUUCCCUUUGCAAGCUAAAGGACACAAAGUCAGCGGACCAAAAGACCACAUUACUCCACUUCCUGGCGCAAGUAUGCGAGGAAGAAUUUCCAAAUGUGAUCAAGUUUGUUGAAGACCUUGAGCAUGUGGACCGAGCUAGCAGAGUGUCUGCAGAGAAUCUGGAAAAGAGCCUCAGGCAGAUGGAGAGGCAGCUGCUGCAGCUGGAGAGAGACCUGGAGACUUUCUCCUCCCCCGAUGACCCCAACGACAUGUUCUUCACAAAAAUGGCUAGCUUCAGCAAGGUUGCACGAGAGCAGUAUGGCAAGCUCGUGAUAAUGCACAGCAAUAUGGAGACACUGUAUCAGAACAUGCUGGAGUACUUUGCCGUCGAUCCUAAGAAGACCUCUGUGGAGGAGCUGUUCACUGAUCUCAGCAACUUCCGGUCCAUGUUCACUCAAGCACUGAAGGAGAACCUGAAGCAGAGGGAGACAGAGGAGAAACAGAGAAGAGCACGGGCAGCAAAGGAGAAGGCGGAGCGUGAAAAGCAGGAGAGACAGCAGAAGAAGAGGAGGUUGCUGGAAGUCAAUACAGAGAAUGAUGAGACAGGUGUGAUGGAUAGUUUGUUGGAAGCCCUACAGUCAGGAGCUGCAUUCAGAGACCGCAGGAAGAGAGCGCCAAGACCCAGAGAUAACCAGCAGCAGACGAUCAGCCCCAGCUCCUUUCGCCAGGUUCUCAGGCCUGUUAACCAUGAAAACAACAAGGCACCUUUACAAAGGUCUCGCUCUCGGCAGAAUAUAAAUGCCGGUUCAGCGGUGGUGAAAGCUCCCCCUGCCAAGGAGGCCCAUAAUGAGUCUGAGGGCCAUCCAUCUGCAGCCCGGUCCAAGGCUGCUGCAUGUACGGAGUCAGGCCGCAGAUACAGGAACCCCCCGGGUCACAGCUACUGGCUGGACAGAGAGAGGGUGGUGGAGAGAGAGAUGGUUAAACCGACUGAGAAAGAGAUGGAGGUUGAAGCAGAGCCGCCAGCCUUCCAGCCGACCUCCACGGGUGCUGCGGUCAGCAGCUGUAGCACCAAUGGGGAAUCAGAUGUAGAGGCUCUGCUGGCCAAACUCAGGGCCUUGUGAGGUUCAUUUUUAUAUACAUAUACAGCCUGACGUAUGUUUGUGCCCACACAUGUUGAUGUUCUUCAACUGAUCUUGUAAACAAGCAGAAACUGAAGUUGAGAUAAAGUUGCAAAAGAUUUGUCAAGUAUAAAAGUUUAAUAAGGAAACAAAAACAUUAAUGAAGCCUUGUAAAAAAAAAAAUAUAUAUAUAUGUAUUAAAAAAUUUGUAUGCUUUUAACACUUUUCUAAAAGAAACGUCUUACAGGUAGAGCACUUUGGCUCACAGAAUGUCCUCAGAACUUACUUCAUAAAAUAGAGACGGAUUUACAACAGUAGUGAUUCAAUGAAAACAUACAUUAUAGUUUACAUAUAGAGAGAAAACAUACAGCCUGAUCCUGUACUACUAAACGCGUUUGGCUAUCCCUAAAAAUGGGAAUACAUCAUAGCUCUUUCUCUGAAAGUAAAAGAUACAAUGUUGCAUAGCACUUUCCUUGUAAUGCAGAAAACAAUAUCCAUUCCCUUUAUAUUGGCAUGCAUCACUUAUAAGUUCUUCUACUGUAACAUUUAUUUUACACCUUUAUCAUAUAAUUAUCUUUAUUUUAGUUUUUAAUUACACAUUAGUUAUUUUCAUAUGCAUGUUAAUGGUCUUGUACAAGUAAGAGACAUUUGGUAUUUAAUUACUUUCUUUUUUCUUCUUUCUCAUUCCUUGUGAGAUGACGGAGUGUCUUUUUAUAUUCAAAGCAUCAAUCUAAUAUUUGUAUUUUCUAUAAAGAUGUCUGCAUUCUAUAAAACUAUAAAUAUAUAUGCAAAAAAUGUCCAAUACAUAUGAGUUAUGACAUAUGAUUGCUUUCACAGGUUAGACCAGUAAUUAGAUGUAAUUUGACAAGUUGAUUUUGGUUGACCUAAACUGUUUUGUCUGUUUGUCUUAGUGAGAAGAUUCAUACACAGUGAGAAUGAGUUUGCUGCAGUGUCUGAGUAUUCUAAAUAUCCACAAUGUGGCACAAGACAAACAAGUUCACCGCUGAUUAUCUUCUCCUACAUUCCUACUGAAAUCACUCAGAUCUUAAAGCAUAGUGGUUG